CUUUGAGCUUCUGCAGAAGACCAAAGAUAGGUGCCACCAUGGUAAAGUUUCUGCUGCUGGCUUUGGCAUUUGGACUGGCCCAUGCUCAAGUUAAGAUUGACGGAAAUUGGGUAACACUUGCCAUCGCUGCUAACAAUGUUGACAAGGUAGUACUAGAAGGACCUCUGAGAGUCUACGUUCGUGAAAUUACUUGUAAUGAGGAAUGCAGUGAAAUGGAAAUCACAUUUUAUGUCAAUUUGAAUGGCCAAUGCUCAAAGACCAAAGUCACUGGGUAUAAGCAAGCAGAUGGCUCUUACAGAACCCAAUAUGAAGGUGACAACAAAUAUGAACUUACGUAUUUAACAGCAACGCAUGCAGUCUUUAAGAGUAAGAAUGUGGAUAGAGCCGCACAGAAACAAACUUGA